UCGUCAUCCAUACUAUUCUUAACUUUUUUUUUCUUUUUUGGGAUAUAUAUGAAGUCUCUCUCGGAACAUUGAAUUGGAGUCAACACUCUCUUUCUCUCCUUCUCGCUCUCUAAUGUGAAGAUGACGGCUCACGAGUGACAAGCUCUUGAGAAGCAUCUGGUUUGGGUCAAAUUUCAAGUUCCCAUGCCAUCAAACAUAGAAGGUGAAUAUCGAAGUUCAAUGGCUGGGAGUGCAUCAAUGUCUAAGCCACCAAGAUCAUCCUAUGAAAAUGAAGAUCACUUUGUCUCUCCUACUGGUCAUCUGCGUAGCAAGAGGACAACGCAAUUUGUACCUUUGAGCAGCCCUUUAUACAGCAAGCAGAAACCUGAUAAGAUUUCUGGGUCCAAGUUUGGCAAACAACAUAACUUACUUGCAGUCAUGCCUGAAGAAAUGGCUCAGAAGAACUGGUCAGAUGGUGAUCAUGAAGGAAGAAAUGAGCAUUUGCUGAAAUCUGGGAGCUUGGCAUUAUGCAGCAAUCCUGAUUGCAUCAAUUGUUCAGCAGCUUAUAUAGUGAAACGGGAUCGUCUCCAAGGUUCAAUUCAUCUUGACAGCAAGCUUCAUGAAAUUCUGUAUGGGGAUGCUGGAGGGUCAAGGAAAUUUACUUCUUGUUUUAAUUCAUAUUUCCCAAUCAUGAAUCCACAUACCAGGGUUGUCCAACAAUGGAACCGAUUUAUUUUUAUUUGUUGCCUGGGGAUGGUUGUCUUUGAUCCAGUAUUUUUCUUGCUUCCCUCAAUACAAAUGCACAACAAGUGUAUAAUCAUGGACUGGUCCUUGGCAACAUCAUUUGCAAUUGUGAGGAGUGUGAUUGAUUUCAUCUACUUCAUACACAUGCUUCUUCAGUUCAGGGUGGCAUAUGUGGCUCCUGAAUCUAGAGUGGUGGGUGCUGGGGAUUUAGUUGAUCAACCAAAGAAAAUAGCUCUUCAUUAUCUUCAACAUAAUUUUAUACUUGACCUGUGUGUCGCAUUACCACUUCCUCAGAUCAUGUUAUUGUUCGUCAUACCAGAAGCUGUGGGACCAACAGAAGCGGUCUAUGCAAGAGAUGUCUUAUGCUUAACAGUUAUAAUUCAGUAUAUACCAAGAAUGAUUAAAUUUUUCCAAUUGCUAGCUGGUUGGUCAACAGGUGGCUUCGUAUUUGAGUCAGCAUGGACAAGUUUUGUUAUGAAUAUGUUUAUGUAUUUGUUGUCUGGGCAUGUUGUGGGCACAAUCUGGUACAUGUUUGGGCUACAGAGGGUUAAUGAUUGUCUACAUGCUGCCUGCUCUGAUUCUUAUAUCUUGCGUUGUGAAUCAUUCAUUGAAUGUGGACAUGGAAACAAUAAUUCAAUAUCAGCCUGGCAACAGUGGUUAAAUGAUUCAGCAUCUGGAGGCUGCUUGACUACAGAUGGUGGUUACGCAUAUGGAAUUUAUAAUCAAGCUGUUCUCUUAACUACGCAACCUAGUAUCAUCACACGACUUAUUUAUGCGAUGUGUUGGGGUUUCUUGCAAAUGGCUACACUAGUUGGUAACCAAAUUCCAAGUUAUAAUGUGUGGGAGAAUCUGUUCGCUACUUUUCUUAUUGGAUUGGGACUGUUGCUUUUUGCUUGGCUACUUGGAAAUAUGCAGAACUUCCUCUCGGCUCUUGGAAGGAGGAGAUUCGAAAUGCAAAUAAGACAACGUGAUUUUGAACAAUGGCUGAGCCGUCGACACUUGCCAGAAGAACUGCAGAGGCAAGUGAGACAAGCAGAAAGAUUUAGUUGGGCUGCUACACGAGGCAUAAAUGAAGAACAACUACUUGAGAAUCUACCAGAAGAUAUACAGAGAGACAUACGCCGCCAUUUCUUUAAAUUUCUCAGAAAGGUUUGGAUUUUCACCCUAAUGGAUGAACCGAUCUUAGAUGCUAUAUAUAAAAGAUUAAGGCAAAAGUUUUACAUACAAGGAAGCGAUAUUCUAUAUCAAGGAGGUCCUGUUGAAAAAAUGGUUGUCAUAGUGCGGGGCAAAGUCGAGAGCAUUGGAGUAGAUGGAAAUAUCGCUCCCUUGUCAGAAGGAGAUGUUUGUGGUGAGGAGCUCCUCACAUGGUAUCUUGAACACUCUUCGGUGUAUAAAGAUGGGGGUAAAAUUAGGUUCCCUGGACAGCAUUUAUUUUCUACCAGGACAGUUAAAUGUUUGACAAAUGUUGAAACCUUUGCACUCCGUACUGCUGAUCUUGAAGAAGUUGCUACCAUGUUUCCACGACUCCUGCGGCAUCCUCAUGUUCAACGAGCAAUAAGAUAUGAAUCACCCUACUGGAGGAAUAAGGCUGCAAUCCAGAUUCAAGUUGUGUGGAGAUACAGACAAAGGCGUCUGAAAAAGAAAGCAAGUUCCAUGAGUGACUCCUCUCAUUCUAGCCCUGGCGCCACUCAAAAGCAGGAAGCAGAUUCUGCAAAACAACUGUACAUGUAUGGUUAACAGGUCAUAUGCAUACAUCUGUUUGGGAGCAGAGGGUCUGCUUUGGAGAGUGUGACAGAUAUGAUUGACCUGUCAGUUUAAUGGUCUUUUGUUUGCGGGCUCAAGCAGAAUAUAUAGAUUCUCUGGGAGUUCAUAAUUGUUUCAACAUCUGAACUAAUGAUGGAUGAAUCACAAAUUGAAAAGAGCAGUAACAUUUAAAGCCUUUGGUAAUUAUAAAGUUCAAAUGCACCUUCCUAGUCGCCAAUAUGAGCAGCUUGCCACUAACUUUAUUUUGAUUCAAAGAGAUCAACCAUUUGAUCUUCUAAUCUUAGAAAGAACUCCUAUUCUUGAUUAUGC